AUGGCCCUCUUCGGCUGCAAUCAGUGCAGCUCUCCAGGUGCCAAGGAGGCAGCCUCACGGAAUGCGGGGAAGGAGCUGACUGUCACUUUCGAAAGUGACGACGCCGAGGCUCUGUCCACGUUGCAGGCCAAUGAAGGGCCGCAGGUCAGCCGAACGUCGCAGGCCGCAGAAGUGGCCAAGCGUCUGACCAACCUUGUCGACUCGCCGAUCUCCCACGGCCUAACUGGGCAUGAGGACCACGACGAGCGCGUUGUAGAGCUGUUGCAUCUCACGGUUCACCUGGAGGGGCCGUGGCGUUUAGUGGCCACCGGUGCCCCUGUCGGCGAAGUCCGAGGCAGCACCAUUGUCUGGGAUGCCAGCUACGAAGUCUCUGAGAGGACUUGUCCUCUUCAACUCCUAGGCCGGAAUGUGAUGAUGCUCCUCGAGGGGCAGACGUACCACGGGGUUGUGACACUUGCAGGUGACACUCCAAUGAUCCGGUGGAGUGAUGGCGAGGUGUGGUUCAAGCACGACUCCUCAAAUGAGUGCUGCGCCAUCUGA